CCUGGUUGGUCCUCAUCAAAGUAUAAAAGCGUCUAUGACCCUCCCUGAUAGCACCAAAGCAUCGUUUACCCCACAGCUGCUAGCAAAGAUGAAGGUCCUCUGGAUACUCGUUCUGGCCGCGGCCACCGUGUCGGCCCGCAGCGCUAGCACAGGCAACACGCGCGCUCUCAUUGGCAAACCGGUUAGCGUCAGUCAGGUGUCAGAGGUCAGCAGCGCUCGCAAAGAAGAAGAAGAAAACGAAGUCGCAGCUGACCCUGAUUCGGACGACCUCGACGCCGAAAGCAUCCUCUCCGACUUCGAAGAAGCCCAGGAGGAGUCCGCCGCAAAUUCCAGGAUUGAGGGAAGGACCCGGGGUGCCGCUGGGCAAGGCGGCGGCAGCGAAGGCGCUCAAGGUGGCGCUGCAGGAGGAGACAGUAGGUUCCUCGGCCUCGAUUCCCUCGCCAACCUCGGCCAGAAUUUGAUUGGAGGAUUGCUAGGAGCCAUCGGCAACCCUAACUUCGGAGGUGGACUGGGCGGUCUUGGAGGAGGCAACAACCCUGGACUGGGAGGAGGUUUCGGCGGACUUGGCGGCGGUUUGCAGCCUGGUCUUGGAGGAGGUUUCGGCGGACUUGGCGGCGGUUUGCAGCCUGGUCUUGGAGGAGGUUUCGGCGGACUUGGCGGCGGUUUGCAGCCUGGUCUUGGAGGAGGCCUCAACCCUGGAUUCGGGGGAGGCUUCGGCGGACCUGGCUUGGGAGGAAACUUCGGAGGACCUGGUUUUGGAGGCGGCUUUGGUGGAUCUGGCUUUGGUGGACCUGGCUUUGGAGGCGGCUUUGGUGGAAGGCCUACCGGAUCCGGCUUUGGAGGCGGCUUCGGUGGAAGGCCUACCGGCGGUUUUGGAGGCGGCUUCGGUGGAAGGCCUACCGGUGGCUUUGGAGGCGGUUUUGGCGGAAGGCCUACCGGUGGCUUUGGAUCUGGGUUCCCUAUCGGGCCUGGUGCAGGACCGGUGACCUUCGGUUGGAGUUUUCAAUAUGCAAAAUGUCGAACCCGGGCUGAUUGGCAAGCAUUUUUAAGAGCAGCUUAUGGCUCAAAGGAACACGGGGAUAUGGUGAGAGAUCUUACAGGACUAUAUAAAGUACAGAAAGGCACAACACUAGCCUCAUAUAGAUCACCCGAGGUUCUAUUGACCGACUAUGGCAGAGAAUUUGUGAACAAAACUUUAGAAUGUUUAGCAGAAGUCAUGGGGAUACAGAAAGUAACAAUUAUUCCAUACAGACAUGAAGCUAAUAGGUUGUGUGAACGAGCAAACAGGAAAGUGCUCGAAGCUCUCAGGAAGCUGUGUCCUCGUAUAAAGCUUUUAUACCCUUGUAAAGAGCACCCAAGCAUCAUUUCCGCACUGCUGUUCGCUAAGAUGAAGGUCCUUUGGCUCCUCCUCCUGUCCACGGCGGCCGUGGCUGCCCAAACCGACGUGCGUGACCUGCUGGGCAAACCAGUCAGCGUCGUCGGCCAAGAAGACUCUGACAACGAUGACCUCGAAGCCCUCGGAGGAGUCCAGGCACGAUCGACUCCCGUGAUCGAGGGGCGGACCCGAGGAGGAGGAGGAGGAAGAGGGAGAGGGAGAGGAGGCAGGAAUCGAGGCAACAGGGUCGUUGGUGGAGGAGGGCUACAAAGCGGGUCUCUGCUUGGAGCAUUUCUUGGAGCGAUCGGCAAUCCGAACUUUGCGAGCCAAGCUGGUGGCGGAAGUCCCGUUGGAGGAGGAUUUGGAGGUCAAGCUGCUGGAGGAUUUGGAGGUCAACCCGUUGGAGGACUUGGUGGAGGAUUUGGAGGUCAACCCGUUGGAGGAUUUGGAGGUCAACCCGCUGGAGGACUUGGUGGAGGAUUUGGAGGUCAACCCGUUGGAGGAUUUGGAGGUCGACCGUUAGGAGGAUUUGGAGGUCGACCUGUAGGAGGAGUUGGAGGUCGACCAUUUGGUGGAUUUGGAGGUGGUUUCCAGCCUGGUUUUGGGGGAGGUCUUAGCCCUGGUUUUGGAGGCGGUAUCAGCCCUGGAUUUGGAGGAGGUUUUGGGCCUGGUUUUGGCGGGGGCUUUGGAGGCUUCAAACCAGGCCAGUGCCCUCCAGUGCGCCCUGCGUGUCCUCCAGUGAGAAGUCACUUUGGUCCACAGCCCUGCAAUAGUGACGGCAACUGCAGUGGCGUCGAUAAAUGCUGCUUUGAUAUCUGCUUGCAGCAGGCUGUCUGCAAACCGCCUCAAGGUGGCUUCGGUCGGUGAAGCUGUCAACAUUGAUCAGUAGAUUAUUUGUGAAUCAAAUAUCUAUAAAAACAAGAACUAUGUAAAUUAUGUAAAUAGGAAGUAAUAUAAGGUACAAUUAGUUU